AUGGCAAGACCAAGUACCGCUGACGGACGUCAGCAUGGCGAGAGCGCCAGCAACGACGAUGUGGGAGAGCCCAGUCGCCGCUUGACCGUUAACCUCGAAGAACUGAAGCUUGGAGAUGUUCCUGAGGGACCACUCAAUAAGGAUGAAUUCCUUGAGCUUUGCAGAAGCGACCCUGGAGGCCUGUUUGAAGGUUUAUUCCAACACCUCUCCAUGCAGGAGAAACGACUAGAAGAGGCUCUCGCUGAGUCUAGCAACAACGACACAGAGGAAAUCGACUCUAUGAGAGAGGAGAUUCAGAACCUCAAGAGCAACCUGGCCGACCAUCGCCAGGCCAUGUCCGAACUGAUCACGGAGCGUGAUGCCGCAAUCGCCAAUACCUCUCCAGCCGGGGGAGACCACAAGAAGAAGACCACCAAGCUGCCAGAUGGCCAGCUGCUAUCGGAUGGAAUCGAUCCCAAGUACGAAUCAUGGGAGAUCGACGUCGAGAACAAGUUGGAAGCCAACGCCGACCAUUACCCAACAGCCCUGGCCCGUAUGGCGUACGUGAAGGGGAUGUGUAAGGGAGAAGCGGCCAACCACUUGCUCCCACGAUUCCGGAAGGACUCAGCACAACGUUACCAGGAUGUCGGUGACAUCUUCGAGCAUCUGAGAACAAUCUAUAUGGACGAGAACCGCGUGAUCAAUGCGAAGAUGGAACUCCGUCGCCUAGCAAUGAGAGAUUCGAAGUUUCAGAUCUUUUUGUCGAAAUUCACGCUUCUUGCCCAGGAAGCUGGCCUCGCCCUAUCAGAAUGGAAGGAGGAACUCUACCACAAACUCUCGUUCGACAUGCAGCGCGCCAUGAUCAAGGAAAGCACCGACCCAAUGGUGUCGUACCAGACCUUUGUACAAGGAUGCCACACUACUGCCAACCGCCUCGAGCAGAUCGCUGAAGGGGAACGACGCGCCCGCAGCCGUGGGAUUGGGAGCAGCAAAGGCCACAGCCAGGGAGGCCACCAGUCGAAUACCUCCGGAGGAUCGAAGCCGAAGAAUGAAGCCCCUCAACCGCAGCUCUCCUGGGAAGAAAAGAAGAAGCUAAUGAGCGAGGACAAGUGCUUCAAUUGCAAACUGAGCGGUCACCGUGCUGACAACAUGACUGUAUCUAUUCAGCUAGCUAAGAAUGGAUAUUCAAUUUGCACCAAAGCUUUGGCCGAUACUGGAGCCAACGGAUUUGCCUUUUUAGAUGUAUUUUUAGCGGAGAAGCUUGCACGACACUUUCAGACAUACACAGUACCCGUUUCUGAACCCUGUGGGGUGAGAGGGUAUGAUGGGAAGACAGUGGAACCGGUCACGCACCUCAUGAUCUUAACACUGGUUGUUGAUGGCCGGAUGCAGCGGCAUCUACCCUUUCUCUUAGUGCGACUAGGCCGUCACGAUGUCAUUUUGGGUCGUAUGUGGCUGGAGAAGUACAAUGUGUUGGUGGAUUGCAGAAACCGUCGCCUUUUAUGGCCGGAGGAUGUGUCUCUCAAAGAUCAAAUGGAGAGAGAGCAGUUCAUCCGCAUGCCAAAGACAAUACUAAGGAGAAAUGGACCAGUCAAUCUCGAGCACCAAGCUGAUAUGGAGCGCCGAGAUCGGUUGAUGGAAGAACCUGUCCCACUCCUACAACCAGAACCCCAAAGGAAAGCGCCUGCAGUUACAGGAAGAACGCAAAGGACGCAAUCAAGGAUGGAACUGCAGAAAAUGGAGAAAAGCCUUACGAUCAGAGAACGCCACAGGACCCUUUGGCAGUACCAAGGAAGCGUCACCAGUUGUCAGUCCGACGAGAAACCCACAUCGCCAACGCUCAGAAAGAAGGACGUAUGGAAUGGACAUAGCAAUCAUCGGAGCUGCCGGAUUCCAUCGUUGUGUGAAAAGCAAGACUACAGAUGUCUUCAUGACUAG